AUGUCUGUUGCUGGUAUUGCUUUGAGCCCUGUUCGCAAGGAGUCGGUGAAUUCUGCCGGGUUCUGCGCCAGCCAGCUCGGGCACUGCUCCAGCGAAACGAUCAUAUUGUAUCUCAGGAUCGCCGGCUCUGUGAUCCCCAUGCGUGUUCUAGAGUCUGACUCGAUUGCUUCGGUGAAGCUGAGGAUCCAAACUUGCAAAGGGUUUGUGGUGAAGAAGCAGAAGCUUGUGUUUGGAGGCAGGGAAUUGGCCCGGAACGAUACUCUCAUUAAGGACUAUGGCAUUACUGGUGAGAAUGUAUUGCAUUUGGUCCUCAGACUUUCCGAUCUUCUGCACAUAACUGUUAGGACCAUUUGCGGCAAGGAAUUUGAGUUCCAUGUUGAUAGGCACCGAAAUGUGGGGUAUUUGAAGCAGCGGAUCGUCAAGAAGGGGAAAGGUUAUGAUCCUGAGGAUCAGGAGCUCUUCUGCAACGGCGAAAGGCUUGAGGACCAGAGGCUCAUUGAUGACAUUAGCAAGAACAAUGAUGAUGUUGUUCACUUGGUGGUUCAGAAAUCUGCAAAGGUGAGAGCUACGCAUUUUGAGAAAGAUUUGGAGCUUUCGGUUGUGGCAUCUCUUUCAAAUGAAAGGGCUGAAGAAAUUGAUGGAGAAGAUAACCAUCGGAGCAAUGGGGUUCCUGCCAUUGCGUGGGAUUCACCCCGUAGAUAUCCAGAUUUGUUGUUGGAACCAAUCAUUGUCAAUCCCAAGAUUGAAUUGCCCUCUUACCUGUGGGAUAUGAUCAACUCCACCUUCGAUGGUAUGGUGAAGGGAAGUCAGCCAAUAAGGUCAUCUGAGGGGACUGGAGGAACUUACUUCAUGCAAGACUCUUCUCAGGAGAUCAUUUCGGUUUUCAAGCCUAUCGAUGAGGAGCCUAAUGCAGUCAACAAUCCCCAUGGCUUACCUGUAUCACCAGAUGGUGAAGGGUUGAAAAGAGGAACAAGGGUAGGAGAAGGAGCCAUCAGGGAAGUGGCUGCAUUCUUGUUGGAUCAUCCCAAAAGUGGGCCUCCCACAUUAUCUGGCGAGACUAUGGGUUUUGCUGGGGUGCCACCUACAAUGUUAGUUAGGUGCUUGCACAAAGGAUUUAAUCACCCCGAUGGAUUCGAUAGCUUAUCUAAGAAUGUUAAGAUAGGAUCGUUGCAAAUGUUCAUGAAGAAUGAUGGAAGUUGUGAGGACAUGGGUCCUGGUCGUUUUCCCAUGGAGGAGGUGCACAAGAUUAGUGUUUUUGAUAUCAGAAUGGCUAAUGCAGAUAGGCAUGCUGGCAAUAUCUUGUUUAGAAAAGGCGAAGAUGGUCAAACUGUGCUCAUUCCAAUUGAUCAUGGAUACUGCCUGCCUGAGAAUUUUGAAGAUUGCACCUUCGAUUGGCUUUAUUGGCCACAAGCUCGCCAGCCUUAUGCAGCUGACACCGUGGAGUACAUAAAAUCUUUGGACGCUGAGCAAGAUAUUGCUCUUCUGAAGUUCUAUGGGUGGGACAUUCCUCUUAAGUGUGCCCGCACUCUUCGUAUCUCAACCAUGCUUCUGAAGAAAGGGGUGGAGAGAGGUCUCACACCCUUUGUCAUCGGUAGCCUCAUGUGUAGGGAAAAUAUUAACAAGAAAUCAGUGAUUGAGGAGAUUGUGACUGAAGCUGAGGAUUCUUUGCUCCCCGGCAUGAGUGAAGCCACGUUUCUCGAAGCCAUUUCCGAGAUCAUGGAUUCCCGGCUUGACAAACUUGCAAAGUAAUUUCCUCUAUCUUAUAGGUAUAUAUUUGUACGUAAUGGAACAAAUUACUAGUCCAUUUUUAGAUGGACCGAAGAUUGUAUGAAAUGUGGAUGGCUUAUCUAUCUAGUUUCAGUUAAGCC